GGAUGCUGCUUUCAAUGCUUUCAAGAUGGCUGUGAGUAACCAGCAAAGUAUGGAUACGGGCUCAAUUUCUAGCCGUGUAGACGUGGAUAGCCCACCGUUUUCACGUAUUUUCAUAGUCUGCAGUAAGAAGCAUUCGUCGGAAGACAUGAGAGCCGCAUUUGAGCAAUUUGGCUAUAUUGAAGACAUCUGGGUUGUCAAAGACAAGCAGACUAAAGAAAAUCGUGGCGUCUGUUACAUAAAGUUCGCCAAAGCAUCUUCGGCCGCGCGAGCUUGCGAAGAAAUGGAUGGGAAAAUUAUUGGAGACGAUCCUAAACCGAUCAAGGCGAUGAUUGCCCAGUCGAAGUGUUCCGGCUCUAAAACAGAUUUUCAUGAUGAAACAGCGCUGACCCGUUUAUUCAUAAUCUGUCCCAAAGAGUACACAGAGGAUAACUUGCGUCAAAAAUUCCAGGACUUUGGAGAGAUAGAGUAUGUCCAAAUUGUGCGCGACCAUAAAACUGGUGAAAACAAAGGCUUUGGCUAUGUUAAGUUCAAGAAGUCAUCCGCAGCAGCUGUUGCACUUGAGAACUGUGACAAGACCUUGAAAGCUGUUUGGGCUGAGCCCAAAUCGGCUAAAAUUGCUAGAAAUGCAGCAGCUGCAGCAGCAGCCAUGCAAUCCACAUUAAUCCCACCCAAUCCAUUUCUAGAGGUGAAUAAUUACCCCCAAGCUGCGGCAGCGCCAGUCAGCAGCCAUGCAGUCAGCAUGAAUGUGAAUAAUGCUGCAUCACUUCAGGGAGUUGGGGAUCACUAUGGUACACAAAACCCCGCUGCAGCAGUUGCAGAGUCUAUUACAACAUCACAUACCCCCACCAGGCUGUUUGUUAAAGUUUCCCCUGAGGUAGGGCCUGCGCAACUGUCACGCUUGUUUGACAUCAUUCCUGGUAUGCAGAUGUGCGAUUUGAAGCAAAAUUAUAGCACUGGAGAAUCCAAGGGCUUUGCUUAUGUCACAUACAACUCUGUCGGAUCUGCAAUCUAUGCUAAGGAAAAACUCAAUGGGUUUGAAUACCCAUUGCGCUCAAAGCUUUUGGUCAAAUAUGCAGAAGAUCCUCCUGGGAUGCGAAGUAAUGGUACAGGACAGGGUAGUGAUACAGCUUUUCAGAUUCAGUCAUAUGGCUCUAAACCAUUACUCACUGUUGGCCCCUAUGCAGUGGACUCUACUACUGUCUACACUUCAGCAGCUCUUCCAGCACCAUCUCCUUUGGCCAAUCCCACCUCUGAGGUUGUUUCAAGACUGUUUAUUGUGUGUCAACCCGCCCCGCCACCAGAAAAUGCCCUGAAGGAUGUCUUCAGCAGGUUUGGGAACCUGAUUGAUGUGUGGAUGAUGAAAGAUCGUAACUUUGGUUAUGCCAAGUUUGCAAGUAAGGAGUCUGCCGAUGCAGCCAUUGAAGGAAUGCAUGGUCAUGAGGUUCUUGGGAUGAAGUUAAAGGUGAUGCAUGCUGAUCCACCUAAGUCUGAAGCAUCCAGAAAAAGACCGCGCACAUGAUGUUGGAACAGCAGAAUUACACAACUAGUAUUUUCAUCCUCACAGAUUAAUGUACCAAAGCAAAAGAGAAAAAAAGCCGUGUUCUGGAAGGAUUUGUCGCAAGCGGAAAGACACCAAAAAAGCCGCAUACUUUGCUUUGCCUACAAAUCGGAAAUCUCCCUUCUAGAUUCUUAUCUGAACAAAACUGUUAACUGACGAAGAUGACGGCUCCUACGAAUCGAAAAGAAUGAGAAGUAGUACAAGUGAUACAACUCCUUCUUUUGGAGUUUAUGUUUGUGGAUAAUCUAAAUGGAUUCGUCGUCAAGAAAAGCGCUUGGAUAUAUCUCUUGGAUAAACGGAAGAAUAGUUGAACUGUUAGAUCAGUUUUCAAUCGAGAGUCGGUGUCGCGGAACCAAAACUAAAGUAAUCACAACAUCCAAUCAGAGAACAAAGGUUGACAUCAUCAACAACCAAUGAGAACUCAAAGUAGAAACAGGCAACCUGUUUGUAGCGCGGGAAAACGCAUGCAACCAAGUUGGGAAUAGUUUUACUUUUGCAUUUGAUUGGUCGAAAUGGUAGCACGAGUUUCGAAGUGAAGCAAAACUAAAGCAAUCCAGAUUCCCUUACGAGGCUCAAUUGCCGACUGAGGACAGCUAAUUGGAUCACUUUCCAAUCGGUCGUGAAAAUAGAAUAAAAAAAGAAUAAAAAAUAUUGGAAAUUAUACAUAUA